CAUAAUUCACAAUUUUCUGUCGGGUCACACACACACACACAUUUCUCACUAUCGCCCCCUAAGGAUCCCGGUUGGUAUUGCACUUGAUAGUUCACACACACCACUACCAAAUAUGGUAUGUACCGCCCCUUCCUUGUCCCCAUGAAGUAUGUAUUCAAAUACUAAGAACUUUUUUCAGUGUUAGUCAACAAUUAGGCUAUUGGAAACGUUUAUUUGCAACAGAUGCCAACUACAGUGCUAAGAAUUAUACUUUUUUAAUUACAUUUUAAUUAAAAUGUAUUUAUUCAAUACAAAAUGCAGCUUAUAGGAAUUGCUUUAUAAUUAAUUGAGUGCUGGAUUGAAAUAAUAUAUUUCUUGAUCUAGUAAAAGCAAUAAAACAUGGCUUCUUAUUAGUGAAUUAGCAUUUAUAGAUAUGAUAUUUUGCCAUAACAAUAAUAAGAUUAAUCAUAUAUUCCCGAUUGUUGUCUUAGAUUCAAUAGAUUGUUGUCUUAUUGUCUAAGAGUCCAAACAAUACAUUUUUCCAAUGCUAGUAAGAGGCUUGUGACUUUGGCCGUUUGCUUUUAAUGUGAAAUCAGACAGGAAGUCAAAUGUACCUUCAGGUUCAACCUCAGCCUAGAAGAAGAGCCUUUUAUCUCUGUGAAACCGUCGAAUUUGAUGCAUAUUAAGGAUUUACCCGGAGCAAGUGGCGUGUACAGUAAGUAUUCAACAUUUGUCUUGAAAUAUUGCGUAAUAUAGCAUCAUGUAGUCGUUUAUUUAUGUUUUAAAACGGUCUGCUUGUUGACUGCUAGCCAAACGCACAUGUUACAUUAGCUAGUUAGCAUUAGCAUCCGCAGCAUUAGCAUCCGCAGCCUGCGGCAGAGCCCUGUCUACUCAUCUACUAUGAGUAGACAGGGCUCAGGUGCUGGCUUUUCAGGGUGUUUCAGCUGGUUGCAGCUAUAGAAUGUUAUAAGAAUAGAAUGUAGAAAAUGCUUAACAUCUAGCAAAAUGUAAAUGUGUUAUUCAGCUACCAACUUUAAAUGCAUCUGAUGUACCGGUAGUAUGAUUUAACUAAAACUGAAGUCAAAUCGAUCUCACUUUUUUAUUUCUCUGCAGUUUGAAAUGCCACCAAGAAUCAGUCCCCUCACAGAUGCCUGUCACCAUGUCGGUUUAAAGACUGACAAUACAUGGAAACUGGAGGUGAAGUACAUCAAUGCAGUAAAAGGGCGUGGGGUGUUCGCCAUAGGUUCAUUCUCCAAAGGAGAUUUUAUAGUGGAAUGCAGGGGAGAUUUGAUAAGCGAUGGUGAAGCUCAAAAGAGAAGAAGAAAUUAUAACCCUGCAUGUUCUGGAUUUUUGUUCGCGUUCAAGUUGGGAGGCAAAACAUGGUGCAUUGACGCCUCUAGAGAAGAUGGUUCCUUCGGCCGCUUGGUGAACGAUGAACACAGACAUCCCAAUGCCAGGAUGAAGAGAAUAGACAUUGCAGGAAGCACACACCUCUGUCUCUUUGCUCUCCAAGACAUAAAAGAAGGUGAAGAAAUUGCAUAUAAUUAUGGAGGAGAGGACUGCCCAAGCAGGUACGUGUUACAACUAGUGUUAAGGUAUAUACAAUUCAAGAAUGUCUUGGAAUAACUUAAUGAUUGAUGGUAUCUUUUCUUUGAAACUAUAUAAAUCAAUUUCAAUAAAUGAUCAUUUUUUCUAUUGUAUAUUAAAACAUUGGAUAUUCAGGAGGCAUCUGAAUCAGGGCCAAAUGUCACUGUAGUCUGGGACGUUCCCGACGUCCCCACAAUACAUCUUGUAUGGUUUUGUUUCAGUGAAACUUUAUGUUAAGUAUCUGAUAAAGGAGAACGUACAGGUGUGCGAAAUUCAACACAGUUAAUUCAACAUGUGUGAAAUGUCCCCACUAGGCAUAGUCUAUGUGACAGCAGACAGGUUGACAAAGCAGGACAAAAUAUGACCAUAGAAUCCUUUCUCGCUAGUUUGGUGUGUGGGGAUGUAUUUGACCCAAGAGACAUGUCCUUUAGAAAAUGUAUUAAAAUAAUAUAAUAUUAUGCAGUGUUUACAUGAAAUUGACUGAUUUACUUUUUGUAUCAAAUUGCAGAUGACUACAUGUGAACCUGAGACGUCCUGUGUGAGCUCCCAGUCUGUGCUCAUGUCAGAGCAACAGUGGGAUGAAGCUGCCUGGUUAGAGGACACUGGUCACCAGAUGACUACAUGUGAACCUGACACGCCCUGUGUGAGCUCCCAGUCUGUGCUCAUGUCAGAGCCACAAUGGGAUGAAGCUGCCUGGUUAGAGGACACUGGUCAACAGAUGACUACAUGUGAACCUGACACGCACUGUGUGAGCUCCCAGCCUGUGCUCAUUUCAGAGCCAAAGUGGGAUGAAGCUGCCUGGUUAGAGGACACUGGUCACCAGAUGACUACAUGUGAACCUGACACGCCCUGUGUGAGCUCCCAGUCUGUGCUCAUGUCAGAGCCACAAUGGGAUGAAGCUGCCUGGUUAGAGGACACUGGUCAACAGAUGACUACAUGUGAACCUGACACGCACUGUGUGAGCUCCCAGCCUGUGCUCAUUUCAGAGCCAAAGUGGGAUGAAGCUGCCUGGUUAGAGGACACUGGUCACCAGAAGAGGAAACUGUUGGAGGCACGGAGGGGGAAUAAAAUCCCAGCAAAACAGAGACGCAAACUGCCACCAGCAGAAGAUGGAGCAUCUUCUCCAGUCUGUGCUGUGAGCCAUGUUCUUCCAAAGGAAAGGCUCCACUCAAAAGGGAACCAUGGCAGCCAGCAGAGAUAAAGGCCGUCGAGAGGCACAUAAAGGCUUUAAUACAUGCUUGCACUGUGCCAAAAAUGUCUAACUAAACAAAAUCUGUAGGUGGCGAAGAAGUUAAAGCUGCGUCACGCUUUGAACUAAACACUUUUUCCAUCUAGUGUCGACUGGGUUUUUGGAUUGUCGGUGCCAUUAAAGUAGCAUUAAUAAUCGUCGUAAUAAUCCUAACGAUUAUUAAUGCUACUUUAACGGCAUAGACA